AAGAAGAUUGCUCGCUGCAGGCACACGUUUCCAUAAGACAGCGUUUGUAAUUUUCUGUUGAAACUUAUUCGGUUAUACCUUUCCCGGCCAAUCGGCGAUGAAGCUAGCUCCGACGACGACGACGCCGUUUUUUCUCUCCGUCUUCUCAAUCAUCAUACUCUGGACGACGUCGUUUGCGUUCACGCCUCGGACUUUUCUUCAGCUCCAGAGCUCCGCCGUGAGCACCAAUUACUUGACCGAUAAGGAGCUCUGGUUCACUCAGACUCUCGAUCACUUCUCGGCGUACGAUCACCGCAAGUUCGAGCAGCGAUAUUAUGAGCUCCUCGACUUCUUCAGACCAUCCGACGGUCCGAUUUUCCUCAAAAUCUGUGGAGAAUCGGCCUGCACAGGAAUCUCCAACGAUUACUUAACUGUUUUGGCUAAGAAGUUUGGCGCGGCUGUGGUCUCGCUCGAGCAUCGUUACUAUGGUAAGAGCUCUCCGUUUAAAUCACACUCGACUGAGAAUUUGAAGUACUUAUCAUCGAAGCAAGCGCUUUUCGAUUUGGCUGCUUUUCGACAGUAUUAUCAGGAGUCGUUGAAUUUGAAGCUGAAUAAGACUAAGGGUGAGAAUGCGUGGUUCGUAUUCGGUGUGUCGUAUCCAGGAGCUCUUAGUGCAUGGUUUAGACUCAAGUUUCCUCAUUUGACAUGUGGAAGUCUUGCAAGUUCUGCAGUUGUUGAAGCUGUGUUUAACUACACUGAAUUUGACCAGCAGAUUGGUGAGUCUGCCGGUCCAGAAUGUAAAGCUGCAUUGCAAGAAACUAAUCGUCUUGUUGAACAAAGGCUUGCAGCUAAUGGAAAAGCAGUGCGGGGUUUGUUUGGUGCAACCCAGCUUGAUAUUGAUGGUGAUUUUAUGUAUUUUCUGGCGGAUGCUGCUGUUAUUGCGUUUCAAUAUGGAAAUCCCGACAGACUGUGCUCCCCUCUUGUUCAAGCAAAGACUAAUGGAGAGGAUUUGGUUGAGGCAUAUGCCAAAUAUGUUAAAGAGUAUUACCUUGGAAGUUUUGGUGUUGAUGUCGAAACAUACAAUCAGAAACACUUGAAGAACACUGCUGUUACCGAGGGGAGUUCUGAUCGUUUGUGGUGGUUCCAAGUUUGUACCGAAGUUGCCUAUUUUCAGGUGGCACCUGCAAAUGAUAGCAUCCGGUCUUCAAAAGUUGACACAAAAUACCAUUUGGACCUUUGCAAGAAUGUCUUUGGAGAGGGCAUCUAUCCAGAGGUUGAUGCGACAAAUUUAUAUUAUGGAGGCAAAAGAAUUGCAGGUUCAAAAAUAGUUUUCACAAAUGGCUCACAGGAUCCCUGGCGUCAUGCAUCCAAACAGACUUCAUCUCCAGAUAUGCCUUCAUACAUCGUCACUUGCCAUAAUUGUGGCCAUGGAACUGAUUUGAGAGGAUGUCCACAGGUUCCUUUAAGCCCCGAAGGUAAUGCCGAGAACUGCAGCAACCCAGAUGCAGUCCACAAAGUUAGACAACAAAUUGUAGAACACAUAGACCUGUGGCUGUCUGAAUGCCUAGAGACUGGUAGGAGCUACAUGUAAAUAUAAUUAUGUGGUGUGUAAGAUGGCUCUGUAACUAAUCUUACCUCACUUUUUACCUUCUGAACAGAUGUUUGAUUACUAAUCUAUGAAGGAUAUGGUAAGUUGUCUCAUGUACAUAAAAAAAAAAAUCAUACCUGUACUUCUUGGUA